AUGUGGGAUUCAACUCCUCCUCGCACUCCUCUCGAGAUCACCUUCGAGGACAGCGAUUCUGAGCGUGGCACUAUCACGCUUGACUACGACACCGUGUCUCCCGUCGUUGCUCGCCUCGAGAAGCUUGCCGUUACCCACAAGGAUCAGAACAUUGAGGACUGCACUACCUCUGAGUAUGAGCCUUCUCUCGAGAGCAACACUCCUGUUGGGAACAAUUCUCCUCCAGAGUCACCCAUUGAGGCUUUUCUCCUGCGUCCUGAGACUCCUCAUCAGAGCAACUUUCCUUGGAAUCCCGACGCAAAGGCCACUGUCCACAAUGGCGAAGCCUAUGACAACCAGGAGAUCCAUGCCAUGUAUCUGGCGCUUGCCGAAGCUCGCCACAACGGCGAAUUUCCCGUCACUUUGGAGACCACUCUCGAUGCUCACGCUAUUGCCAAGGACUUCAGCUCGCUUGUCUACCUUCGACGUGUCCGCGGCGAUAUCCUGAAACCUACCCCCCCUUCGUACGUUCACCUCCGAGAGCAAAUUGCCUUGGGUAUUCAACAGCGUGCUGCCUCUCAGCACCGUGAUAGCCAGCAAGAAGCUGUUCGUAGGGUCAAUCACUACCUUCAGGCUGUUGAGCAUGAGCAACGCUACUAUCAUUCUACCAACGCUAUGGUUCGUCGUUCCAAUGAGCAUGGAUUCAUCAAUGUCGACGAUGACAUGUGCUCCAUGGUCGAGCAUACUAUUGAACAGGGCAUUGCUGAUGCUACUGGACCUCUUCGCAUGAAUGUUAGCCGAUUCUCUGUCAAUGUCGAACAGCACACUGGUCUUCUCCAGAAGCAGAGCCAUUUCAUCGAGGUCCACGACCAUGCUCUUCAACGCCAACAUCUUCUCGCUCAGAAACAGGAAGAACUGGCUAAGCGCCACGCUGCCAUUGCCCAGAAUCAUGCUGGCAUGCUCCAACACCAGAGUAACUUUAUCCAACGACAAGAUCAUGCUCUUCAACAACAGAACAGCCUCACACGGUAUCAGGCUGGUAUUGUCCAACAGCAAGACCACGCUCUUCAGCAGCAGUACGAACUUCUCCAGAACCAAUCCUUCUCCCUUCGCAAGGAAAGUCGUUUCUUCAAGAAGCAAAACGACGCUCUUGAGAAACAGAACCAAGCUGUGCGAGAGCAGCUCGAUCUCCAGCAUGCCCACAUUGCUCGCAUGCAAGAACUUCUUGAGCCUCAGGCCUACAACAACUACGCGACUGCCCAGAACCUCGCGAGCGCUGAACAGCUUGUUAGUAACUUGUCGUACGAGCUCCCUCAUGUCAUUAAGAAGGCAGUCGCGGAAAGCAUUGAGGAGACCGCUCGACUACACGCUCGCCAGGCUCUUGAGUCCGCUGUUGAUAUCUGGCAGCAAGGAGUGCGCCAUGACAUGUCUGCGAGCGAGAGUGUGUCUUCAAGCGACACGACCGUAGACACCCAGGCUUGGGCUGCUGCUUUCAAGAAGCCUGAGAAGAAGAAGGCUACCGCCGAUGUCGAGGUUACUGAGCGAAGUGAGCGAUCCUCGCUUUACCGCAUGGUCAGCAAGUUCAAGCGCCGCCGCAUCGCGCGCAACUAG